AUGCCUAAAUCCACCACCGCCGCUGCGGUAUCUCACUCACCGUCAUCCUCGAAUUCUUCUUCUCUCACCUUCCUCUUCCCCACACCUCCACAAAAACCAACAGAUCUCCACAACAACAAUUUCGAGUUACACGAGUGUGACGUCAUCUGGUCAUCAUCCUCCUCCGAUACCGUUGAAAUUCCGUCACCGUCAAACGUCUCCACUUCUCCACCGAUUCACCGUCAACACACCUCCGGUCUCUACGCCGCGUUAUCCGACGACCAGCACUCCGUCGUCCGACGAAACCGUUCCAUAAGUCCGUCGCAAUCCGCAGCCACGGCAGCGCGUACGAUUCCGCCGGUGUCGCUCCGGCGUUCGUCGGAGUAUUGUGCGAAUUAUCACCAAUCGGCGCCGGUGAACGUGCCGGUGUGGCCGAAGAGUGAUUUAAGGCGGUUUGAGGAUGAUGUUGUUGAUGAAGAGGUGGAAGAUGAUGGUGAGAUGAUUCCGCCUCAUGAGAUUGUUGCGAGAUCGUAUGUGACGUUUUCGGUGUUUGAAGGUGCCGGUCGUACGCUCAAAGGGAGGGAUCUGUGUCGUGUUCGUAAUGCAGUGUUUCAGAAAACAGGUUUUAUUGAUUGA